UGCCGGGCACUCAACCAUGAGACUCCAUUCCCUCCUUUCUGUUUUCCUCCUCUUUGUGACUAUAAUAUCAGAAGGAGAGACUGGCAUUAUUCCAGGGCUAAAACAGUGUGUCAUUUUGAAAGGAGUGUGCAAAGAUGGAGGAUGUACCACCCUGGAUGAUACCAUUGGUGUAUGUAAUUAUGAAAAAAAAUGUUGUAGAAGGUGGUGGGUAUUGAAUCCUUAUCCAACACCGAUUCCCAAAGGAAAGUCUCCUUAGAGGGGAGAAACUGUAAGCACUUCGAAUUCCAGAAUGGAUGGAUACAUUUUGCAGGCACCUGUUUAAUCCAACUUGUUCUUCUCCCUUGAUUGGAAAUAAAUGUUGUCCUAAUUCCACA